GCGAAUUUGUUUUGGGGCUCUAAGUGUUGCCCCAUGGCGCGGCGUGUGGAGCGGCUCAUGCUGGGCGUGCCGCUGGUGCCAAGGAGCAUCGUGGCAAUUCGCGUCACUUGCCAUCAGGACAGCAAAGUGGGCAUGGAUUGGAUGCACCGCUUCCUGCCAAUGCUGCGAUAUGGCAGCCCCAUGUUGGAGUUUGACUUCCGCAAACUGCAACGGGCAGUGCCAGAGGAGCCGAAGGAGGAGGCAGCGCCAGAGUCCAGCACGCCCGAAACUGAGGACAAGGCUCGCAGAACCUUGUGCUUGAAGGCUCAGGAGCCGGAAGAAACACCAGAGGCGCCUGUGGAUGCAGCUCGAGAGCACAUGGAACUGGAGUUUUCAGAUGGUACUAGGCAAAUGCUGAACAUGGAUCUCUACGUGUCCUCGCACCAGGUCAUGCAGCGCAUCCUGGACGUCGAUGCGGAGAAGACCCUGUCUGCCGGAUAAUCGCGUAA